AUGCGGGCGAGCGCGUUGCUCUUCCUUCGAUGGCGGCAGCUCGUGCUUUGUGUCUUUGGCGCCCUCCUCCUCCUAAUCUUUCUCUCCUCGAUCUUUCCCUCUCGCAGCCGCGGCCACAGCAGCAGGAGUGUGGAGCUUCUUCCAAUCCUCGGGAGCAAGCAUGGCAGCGAGUUCCUCUGGCAGAUGCCGCCGCGACCGGCUCGCGCGAUCCUCUUCCUGGCUCACGGCUGCCACUGCAGGGCCACGUUCUUCUGGGACAAGAGCCCUAAUUGCCCUCACUGCAUCGGUCUUCCAGAGGAUCGCCUCUACGUUCUCAAGGCGCUGGAGUCCAGGUAUGCCGUGAUCGCUAUCUCCAGCACGAAUACCUGCUGGGAUCGCCAGGCCGACACGGGGAAAGUGGUGUCGAUUCUCCAGGGCUGGAUCCGCGAGAACCGCCUCGAUGGCCUCCCAAUCUUCGCAUUGGGUGCCUCCUCCGGUGGCUACUUCGUCUCCACUCUCGCGCUCCGGCUGCGAUUCAACGCCACGGUUUUGAUGAUCUCCGAGGGACACUUCGAGGUGAUGGAUUUCGAUCGCGACUAUCCGGCGACGCUCUUCGCUCACAUGCCCAGGGACGAGCGGCGAGCGAUUGGAGUGGCCCGGUCCAUGAAGUUGCUGAAGGAGAAGGGGGUGGGGACUGAAGAGAUCCAGUGUUUGGCAUUGCCAGUGACGCCUCAGCUCUUGAGCGACAGGAUUCCCGGGGUUGGUGAUGAAGCUUCACGAAAGAUCUAUCAGGCGCUCAAAGAGGCGGGGAUCCUAGACGAGAACGAUUUCAUGAGGAGCGAUGGACGGAGGUUGGUUUGCCGGGCUGUUCUCGACCGAAGGAAUGCUUUUCCUGUGAGCCUGAAGAAGUGGGAGCAUCACAUUCAGGAGGAGCUCAAUGCAGCUUAUGCGUACCACGAGAUGACUAGUGUGCCACUGGAAAGGACUUUUGACUGGUUUGCAGACCAUGGCAAAUAA